AUGGAUAUGCUGGUCAGCAAUGGCGUCUAUAACAAGUCCGACUUAUUCUAUUCCAACAACCUGCAAAACGUCGACACCGCACAGUUCCGAGUGCCAUGGUACUAUCGCGCGGAGAAUCGCGUCGGUGACAUCCCAAGCGACGGUUACUACACUUUGAAAACCAACGGCAUCACGUCAAAAGCCGAAAUCUGGCUCAACGGGAAGCUGGUUGCAGACAAAGACACGCAGGCUGGAGCCUAUGGUGGACAAGAGUACGACAUCACCGACAAGUUGAUCCCAAACGAGAAGAAUGUCCUGCUUGUCAAGACAUACCCGACAGACUACAACCGCGACCUCGCCAUCAGCUUUCUCGAUUGGAACCCGUCCCCACCAGACAAUGGCACCGGAAUAUGGCGAGAAAUCCGAUACAGGAGGACGGGCCAGGUGAAGCUUAGCACACCAAGAGUCGUUACACACCCCACACUUGACACGAUUACUGUCUUUGUGGAUCUCACCAACCUCUCACCAAACACCUCGGCCAGCGGUCCCAUCAAUUGCAAAGUUUUCAACUCGACGAAUUUCAAACUCGCCAGCAAGGGUUCAACGUACACGCUGGACCCCAGAGAGAAGAAAAGCCAAUCGUUCACCAUGGAAUUGCCUAACGGUAAACUUUGGUGGCCUAACGGAUGGGGUGACCAAUAUUUACACAAAGUUCACUGCUACGUUGCUACUUCGACAUGGUCUUCAUGGUAUCCAUCCGAUAAUACAGGAUCCAGCUUUGGCUUGCGCACAGUAGAGUCCGUCUUGAAUAGACAGUUCAACGACAUCACCUUCUUUAUCAACGACCAUCCAUUCCAAGUCUUGGGCGCGGCCUUCAAUCCCGACCUCUUCCUUGGCUCCUCCCGAAAAAACCUGGAGCAACAAUUCCGGUUGAUUAAGGAUAUGGGCCUGAACACGAUCCGCCUGGAAGGCAAACAGGGACACCCGAUGCUGUACGAAGUCGCUGACAAAGAGGGCAUCAUGAUCCUCGCAGGAUGGGAGUGCUGUGACAAGUGGGAAGCGUGGACCUACAACGACAACAACAACGCGGAGAGGUGGUCGGAUCAUGACUAUGAGAUUGCGGCCUCAUCGAUGAAGCACGAAGCUGAGAUGAUGGUGAAUCACCCCAGUAUGCUGGCCUUUUCCAUAGGAAGCGAUUCUUCGCCCGACGGCAAGGCCACCAAGAUCUACGUCGACGCUCUCAAUGCCGCCCAGUGGCCCAAUCCUAUGCUGCCGUCCGCAAACCACCGCACUGGUUCCGAUAAGCUAUGCAACGGCGGCAUGAAAAUGGAGGGUCCGUACGAGUGGGUGCCACCCAACUACUGGUAUGACCCUGAAAACCGCUGGGGCAGUGCCGCCGGAUUCGGGUCUGAAGAGGGCGCCGGAGUAGGCACGCCCGAGCUGGGGUCUUUGAAGCAAUUCCUCUCACCGUCUGAACUCGAGGACCUCUGGAAAGCGCCAAACAAGACGCUCUACCACAUGGGCGCAGAGAACUCCUUCUUCCGCACACGCGAGAUCUACAACAAGGCUCUUUGGGCCCGCUACGGCGCCCCGACCUCGCUCUCCGACUAUCUGAUGAAAGCUCAAAUGAUGGACUACGAAGCCACGCGCGCGCAGUUCGAGGCCUGGAUCAGCCGCUGGGGUGACGAAAUCGAGCGACCCGCCACAGGCGUCAUAUACUGGCUGCUCAACAGCGCGUGGCCCACGCUGCACUGGAGCCUAUACGACUACUACAUGCACCCGGCCGGCGCCUACUACGGCACCAAGGACGCCAUCAACAACACACGCAUGCUAACCUUCAACUACGAAGACCGCUCCGUCUAUCUCAUUGACCGCCGCCCGAAAUUCAUAACAGAAACCUGGCCCACUUACAACCACAGCAUCGACAUUGAAAUGCUCUUCCUCAACGGAACUUCCCUCCCCACACGCACCCUGCGCGCCGCCACCAAGCCCAACGCCGCGUACAAAGUCGCCACCGUCUUCACCGACAAAACACCCGCAAUCAACGAACCCGUGCUGCUGCGUCUGCGCCUCAGAAACGGCGAGUGGGACAUCCUCCAGAAAACGUACUGGGUGCCCCCGACCCGCGACGUGCUCGACUGGCACAAUUCGAACUGGUUCGUGACGCCCGUGUCGCAGUACGCCGAUCUCACUGCGCUGCAGCACAUGGAAAAGGCCGACGUGACUAUCCACGUGGGCUGGGCCGGCCUGCGCUCCUACGGCAAUAAAGUCGUGCUGAUGCUCGUCAACAACAGCAAAGUGCCUGCCGUUUUUCUCCGCCUCAAUCUCGUAGAUGCCAAUGGCAACGACGUGGCGCCUGUGGUGUGGAACGAGAAUUACGUUACGCUUUGGCCGGGUGAAAACAGAAUGUUUGAGGUCGAGCUGCUCGGUGAGAUUCCACAGUCUUCCGGAGUGUAUAUCGUCUUGGAUGGACGCAAUGUGGAUACGCAAAAGGUGGCGGCGUGA